AUGUUGCAAUCGGCAUUUGAUUUGCUGACAUCAUCAGCUUCGGCUGCUAAAGCGGUAGCUACUGCUUCGACUGCACCUGCUACUGGAUUAGACCAGUAUCAGCUAUACGCUAAUUAUUUGGCAGGCAAAUUUAGGGGUUAUUCCAAGCAAACCUACAUGACUGUGGAACAUCAAAUAAACAACAUCCUAUAUAACGCUGAUUGUGGACAAUAUGAAUAUCAGCACGAGUACUCCUCUCCGGCAUCUACAUAUCCCAUGGCUGAGACUACAACUCCACAAAUGUCUGUAAAUUCUUCU